AUGGCUAUCCGAGUACAGAACCAGAGUACGAAACCUAUCCAAUUGCAGAGAGGUGUAAGACAGGAUGACGUCAUAUCCCCGAAACUCUUUACCGCUGCAUUGGAAGAUGUUUUCAAGUUUCUGGACUGGAAAGGAUACGGUAUCAACAUCAAUGGCGAGUACAUCACUCACCUUCGAUUUGCCGACGAUAUAGUCCUUAUGGCAGAAUCGCUGGAGGACCUAAGCACUAUGCUCAAUGACCUCAAUAGUGUUUCCCAACGGAUAGGUCUUAAGAUGAACAUGGACAAAACAAAGAUCAUGUUUAAUGUCCAUGUCACUCCUAUGCCGGUAGUUGUUGGGAACACUAAGCUCGAAGUUGUUGACGAGUAUGUUUACCUGGGACAAAUAGUCCGACUAUGUAAGUCCAACUUCGACCGAGAGGUCAAUCGACCGAUCAACUCGGUUGGGCAGCGUUUGGGAAAUUACGGCACAUCUUCUCGUCAGGUAUACCUCAAAACUUGA